CUCCCUGCCCACCUCCUGCAGCCUCCCGCGCCCCGCGGAGCCGGCGGAUGGAGCUCCGCAGCGGCGGCGUGGGGAGCCAGGCUGUGGGGUGCAGGAUGGAUGGGGACGGCCGAGAUGGCGGCGGCGGCAAGGACGCCGCCGGGCCGGAGGACUAUGAGAACCUGCCGACCAGCGCCUCCGUAUCCACCCACAUGACAGCCGGAGCGAUGGCCGGGAUCCUGGAGCACUCAGUCAUGUACCCGGUGGACUCGGUGAAGACGCGAAUGCAGAGCUUGAAUCCCGAUCCCAAAGCCCAGUACACAAGCAUCUAUGGAGCGCUCAAGAAGAUCAUGCGGACUGAAGGCUUCUGGAGGCCUCUGCGGGGCCUCAACGUGAUGAUGAUGGGUGCGGGGCCGGCCCACGCCAUGUAUUUUGCCUGCUACGAAAACAUGAAAAGGACUUUAAAUGAUGUUUUCAACCACCAGGGAAACAGCCACCUAGCCAACGGUAUUUUGAAAGCGUUUGUCUGGAGUUAGAAAGUUCUCUUCUUCAACACGUCCUUCCCCGGGGUGUUCCUCCCUGUGACCCAGCGGCCUUAACGCCUCGUCUUCGCCACGCUCGCUCACGAAUAAAGAACUCUAGAGUCGUGUGUGCACACACACACCCAGACACACGCACACAGGCUCACACACACGCUUGUUUUUUUUUUUUUCCGUCCCCACUUCGCUUUCUGAAGCCUGGGGACAGAUCGGUGACAGAGGUGUUUUGGUUGUCAUUGCUGUGUGGGUUUUCCUUUGCUCUUUUGUUUUUAAACUUUCAAAAACAAUUAAUGAUCAGACAUAGGAAAAACCCUGAAUAGAAAGAAAACUUUUGAAUGCUGGAUUGCAAAAAAAAAAAAAAAGUUAUCUGGACAGCUUCUUUGAGACUAUUUAAAAACUGGUACAACAGGUCUCUACAACGCCAAGAUCUAACUAAGCUUUAAAAGGGAUAGCUGGGAGUAUGGCCACCCUGCUCCACGAUGCAGUAAUGAAUCCAGCAGAAGUCGUGAAGCAGCGAUUGCAGAUGUACAACUCACAGCACCGGUCAGCCCUCAGCUGCAUCCGGACGGUGUGGAGGACCGAGGGUUUGGGGGCCUUCUACCGGAGUUACACCACGCAGCUGACCAUGAACAUUCCCUUCCAGUCCAUCCACUUCAUCACCUAUGAGUUCCUGCAAGAGCAGGUCAACCCCCACCGGGGCUACAACCCGCAGUCCCACAUCAUCUCAGGCGGGCUGGCCGGGGCCCUCGCCGCGGCCGCCACGACCCCACUGGACGUCUGCAAGACCCUGCUCAACACUCAGGAGAACAUGGCACUCUCCCUGGCCAACAUCAGUGGCCGGCUGUCGGGCAUGGCCAAUGCUUUCCGGACGGUGUACCAGCUCAACGGCCUGGCCGGCUACUUCAAGGGCAUUCAGGCACGCGUCAUCUACCAGAUGCCCUCCACGGCCAUCUCCUGGUCUGUCUAUGAGUUCUUCAAGUACUUCCUCACGAAGCACCAGCUGGAGAAUCGAACUCCAUACUAAAGCAACAGGCUAUGGGAAGCGAUUCCAGAAUCUUUUAUUCUUAACAGGCUUUCUGUGCCUGCUUCCGCUCUCUCACCCACACACCUAGGUCAUUUUUUGCAGGGUGCUACCUGCGGGCCUUGUGUCCCCUGCUGCCUUAGAGGAGAGGGCGGGGUGGCCGCUCACCAGGAGGCCGUCCGCAGGGACAUCCGAGGUGGCGGUGGACAGGCAGGACUUGGGAAGGGGAGCGAGAAAGUGCUUUUUCUCUUCCUCCCCGGGCGGAAUGUAGCUUUUUCUGCUUCACUGUGGCAAUCUCCUCCCUAGAUCCUUAGAUCACACAGGAGGGAAGAAAAUAUGCAGUGACUGCAAACGUGAAAGAAAAAAAAAUUUUAUGUAUAUAAAAGUUCCAUUACACAGUAUAAAAUAGAUGGAUAAUGUUUAUCCUUUAUUUUUCUAUGGAGAAGUUUUUGAAUUUGUGUGUGUGCUUGUUCGUGUCUACACAUAGUAUUACAGCUGGGACUCUCAAGCUGUUUUUAAAAAAUGAGAGGGUUGAAUUCUUCCAUCAGGUUAAGCUAAAAAGGCACCAAAGUACUAAAGCUCAGCUGAAUGUGGCCUACAACCGUGUUUAGCCCCCUCCAGAUGGAAGUCUCACUUGAAUGUAAAAUAAUAAAUAUUAAGUUUAUAUUUUGAAUUUCUCUUUUUAUGGGGGAAAAAAAGGUACGUUGAAAAAUCAAAAUAAUGAUAUAUUAUUUGCAGCUACUUUUUUUUUUUUAAUUCAAUUCAAUCAGUCACCUUCAUGUGCCUUUUUUCCCAUUGUCUUUCCUGAAAAUUCCAGAACCAAAGUCCAGCCCUGGCAUGUUUUCUCCUGCUGUGUACACACAGGCACACGUACUGGGUGGCAGGAUCUGUCGCCCCGUAGGAUGGUAGAAUUAGGAUGACUUGUCUUAACCUACCGAGACCCUUUCCUCCACUGUUGUGACAUGACCGUAUGCCUCCCUGGGCCAGCACUUAGAAGCCCUGUAUACGCCAACCCUUGGCUACUUGUGGGCCAGUCAUGGGGAUAAAUCCUGCCUUUAUCCUUUUUUCCACAUCCACCUUUUAACUCAGGCACUACAGGUAACUUGGUCUAUGUAUGUUUUGAUUAAAUCUAAUCUCCUCCUGUGUUUCCUGGUGCAGUGCAGGGAGUCUAAAAAACCCAGCAAGCAUACCUCUGGCAUUUGUCCCCACUGCCCUGUCCCAACCAUUAAUUCCCCCACUCCCUGCCACCCCUGAGUCAGGAGCUGCUUCUCCAGAGCCAUUCUGCAGUCUUGUCAGGUCUGUGUCACCUGAGAACAUGAGGCCUCAAAUCCUUGUUUUUGGAAAUGGUGCGUUACUGAGUCAGACCGUGGCUGGGAGAAAACACAAGCCUGUGCCCCCUAGCUGCACCAUUCGAUGUGCUGCCAGACCUCUGUCCCAGGAAGACUGACGAGGUUCCCAGUUUCCUUUUCUGAGCCUGCAGCAGAGCCCGUCUCUACCAGUGAGCAGGAAGUACGUGUGUGUGCUCGUUUUGGUGCACCCAGUCCUGACCUGCUUCCUGCCGCACACAAUGGUCACCGCGGCACAUCUCACUGGGGAGGCGCAGGCCCUGGCAUCUUUGGAUGGUGUUGCUGCCUGGGAAGGACUUGAGGUGCACAUGGAGCAUUUUUAUCUUGGGAUAAUGCACACAAUGCCUCUGGGAAUCGGUUUUUGUCCUAAUAGCUAUGAGAAGUUUUAUAAUAAAACAAUCAAUUGACUUCCUUUUUUUAGAUGAGGGUAGGAAAGAGCCACGUUGGGUGCCCCCCACGUGUCCCCCUUGAGAAGCUCCCUGCUGCCAGCUGUCCCACCUUGGUGGGGGUGGGGUGGUGGGGGGAGUCUCUCCCUUCCCCACCCACAAAACUGGUUGCAGCCAGCUUCCCUCCCACGUGGAGAUGCAGAAAGCCACGUAGGCCAUGCUGCCACUGAGAAUGUUUACACCUGCUCUCUAAACCUGCCUUGGGUUAAAUAGUGUUCAGUUCUGUGAAUGGAGGAAAAAAAUCAAAUUCC